GAGGCCCUUUUCUCUUCGCGCCGGAUCCCUGGGCCACGUUCUCCGGCCCCUCCGCGUCCGAUUCUGCGCCUGCACCAUGGGUUUUGGGGAUCUCAGGAGCACCGCGGGCCUCCAGGUGCUCAACGAUUACCUGGCGGACAAGAGCUACAUCGAGGGCUAUGUCCCAUCGCAAGCAGAUGUGGCUGUGUUCGAAGCUGUGUCCGGCCCACCCCCUGCCGACCUGUGUCACGCCCUCCGUUGGUAUAACCACAUCAAGUCCUUCGAGAAGGAAAAGUCCAGUCUGCCAGGGGUGAAGAAAGCACUGGGCAAGUAUGGCCCUACUAAUGUGGAGGACACCACCGGAAGUGGAGCUGGGGACAGUAAAGAUGAUGACGACAUUGAUCUCUUUGGCUCAGAUGACGAGGAGGAGAGCGAGGAAGCCAAAAAGCUAAGAGAAGAACGCCUUGCACAGUAUGAAUCAAAGAAAGCCAAAAAACCUGCACUUGUGGCCAAGUCUUCCAUCUUACUAGAUGUGAAACCUUGGGAUGAUGAGACAGAUAUGGCCAAGUUGGAGGAGUGCGUCCGAAGCAUUCAAGCUGAUGGCUUGGUUUGGGGCUCUUCGAAACUGGUACCAGUGGGAUAUGGAAUCAAAAAACUUCAAAUACAGUGUGUGGUUGAAGACGAUAAAGUAGGGACAGACAUGCUGGAGGAGCAGAUCACGGCUUUUGAGGACUACGUACAGUCCAUGGAUGUGGCUGCUUUCAACAAGAUCUAAAUCUUAGGGCCAUGGCUCUUCAAUAAAUGCUUGAAAGGCAUUUCUGGACUCUUGA